AGGCGUGGUAACGUCUACGUUGUGUCUACAUGUGCUACAAACCACAGUGGAAAUACGUACACUCGAGCUGUCAAUCAGGAAGUGUCCCGCCUUUUCUUACGUUCGAUUGGACAUUGCAGCAACCGCUCUGCAUAUGAUUGGUUGACGCCGUUGCCUGUCAGUUUUCAAGCGUUUCUCUGCUUCCUUGCCGCUGAACGAUGUUUUGAAGGAGAAAUGGGUUCAGGUUUCUUUGAUGGGGUCGAAAGGGGGUAGUAAAUAAUUUAAAUGUCUCAUAUAUCCGGCAGUUUACAUUAAGCGACUAUCAACCAGUGUCUGUGCCGUAUCCGCGCUCCUCGUCUGGAUAACCUCCUGGAUUCGUAAGACUGAAGUUUGAAUCUUGUCCGCUGCGCUCCUGUCUUUGUUAACGUAUCGUUAGUUGUGACAGGGACGUCCGUAAUAAAGUGCAGAAUAAAAGAAAAUACAAUUUACAUUUUAACGACCGGUUUACUAGUCUUUACAGUCCUGGUAAUUGUCUGGCUACCAGGCGAUGAAAAGCAGAGGGUCACAGGCUGGUUUGUGCGAACAAAGGAUAUGUUAACUUGACCGAAACAGAUCAAUGUGUGUGUUAUCAAUAGAGCGUUUUCCAAAAGCGGAAAUUCUGGACUUGAUACCUAGAAGUGGCCAUUAAUGUGGCUAGAUUUAGAAAAUCAUACAGAAGAAGAUGGCAGCAACUAAAGGUAAAGCUGGACUACAUAAUGAAAGCCGUUCUGGUCGGGAUAGUGGCAGGACAGACGCAGGCAGUCCCACGGUAUCCGCAGCGGCCGCAUCCCUGACCACCAACAGGACCUACACACUAGAUGACCUGGACACUAUUGCCACUGUUGGUACAGGAACCUUUGGAAGGGUUUUUCUGGUGAAGGAUAAAAAGACAAGAGGUUUCUUUGCUCUGAAAGCAAUGAAAAUCCCAGAUGUGAUUCGCCUGAAGCAGGAGCAACACGUACAUAAUGAGAAAGAGGUUCUGACGGAGGUGAACCAUCCUUUCCUUGUCAGACUGUUCUGGACGCACCAUGAUGAUCGUUUCCUGUACAUGUUAAUGGAAUAUGUGAAUGGUGGUGAACUCUUCAGCUAUUUACGCAGCCGAGGGCGUUUCAGCAACAGCACUGGAAUGUUUUAUUCAGCUGAAAUUGUGUGUGCCAUUGAAUACCUUCACUCCAAAGAAAUCGUCUACAGAGAUCUGAAACCAGAGAAUAUACUACUGGACAGUGAGGGGCACAUUCGGUUGACAGAUUUUGGGUUCGCCAAAAAGCUCUCAGAAAGGACAUGGACUCUUUGUGGUACUCCUGAGUAUUUGGCUCCAGAAGUGAUCCAGAGUAAAGGUCACGGUCGAGCCGUGGACUGGUGGGCUCUGGGUAUUCUCAUCUUUGAAAUGCUUGCAGGGUAUCCACCGUUUUUUGAUGAUAAUCCCUUUGGCAUCUACCAGAAGAUCCUGGCCGGAAAGCUGGAGUUUCCACGGCAUCUGGAUUUCUAUGUAAAGGACCUAAUCAAGAAGUUUCUGGUGAUUGAUCGGGCAAGAAGGCUUGGAAACAUAAAGAAUGGAGCUGAUGAUGUGAAGAAGCACAGAUGGUUUAAGUCAGUAGACUGGGAUUCUGUGCCUUGUAGAAAACUCAAGCCACCCAUAGUUCCCAAGGUGUCUCACGAGGGGGACACGUCUAACUUUGACACCUAUCCAGAGGAUGAGUGGAAGAAGGACACACCAGUGGCAGCUAAGGAUUUGGAAAUUUUCAAGAACUUCUGAAAGGAUCUUCUUUUGAAUUAAUAAAAAGACAGAACUGAUGACAGAUAAUGAUUAGAUAAUGAGCUGAAGUUUUAGCCUAACCAUUCAGGAGCCAUUAAAAGGUCAAAGCUGUAUUAUUAUUAUAGGCAUGUCUUGCCUGCUUGUCCUUGAGUCCUGCACACUUGAGAAAGAGAAACAAACUUUUCUUCUGGUCAUCAUUGUUGUCAUCAUAAUCAUGGUCAAAUGUUCACCAAGGAAACAGUUCAUCACUUCAACGUCUUGGAAGAUGAGCAACUUGAUUCAACACCCUAGGAGUCUCUUACAUUAUGCAAAAUGAUUAUAUAUAUAUUAUUUUAUAUAAGCAAUAUCAAGAUUCUGUUCAAGGUUCUUUUUGCUGGAUCAACACAAUGUCCUUGCUUUUGCCUAAACAUCUACUGUAUGGUCAUGGGUUAUGUUUUGACUUUAUACCUUAAUGUUUUUUUUUUUUUUUUUUUUUUUUUUGCUGAAUUAGAGCUUUAAGCCUGACAAAUUUUCUUUCUAGUUAUCCAAACUUGCUGUGUUGAUCCUUUCCUCCCACAUGGUAUUGCUAUACUGUAUAACAUUUUGUAACAUUAGGCCUGUUUCACACUGCUGCGACAAAUGUGCUUUUUACUGGAAGCAUUUCUCCUGCAUAACAGACCCACCAGUCUAUACAAAAAAUAAAUACAUACUCAAAAUAAAUAAAUGCAAAGAAUUGUAAAAUAGUCAUUAAUAUUUGAGACUACAAAAAUGUAUAGUCUGAAAUGUCAUAUACAUGUCAUUGUAGAUUGAUCCAAAAAAGUCAUUAAUCUACAGAACCCAAACUCCAAACUGUAGUUAUAAACCGUUACUUGGAUUCAUUCAUAUUAACUAAACAGAAAGUGCUGCUUGUGUGUGUGUGUGUGCGUGUGUGUGUAUUCCAGAUAGCAGGUGAAUCGUUCCCUCCCAUAUUUGAAUGGAAUACUGUAACAUGUUGACAUUGUAUGCAAGCCCAUUUCUGUCACAAGAAAAAAAAAUGCUUUGGUAUAUCAAUUAUUAAAAACCCAAUUCCCAAAAAGUUGGGACACUGUACAAAUUGUGGAUAAAAACAGAAUGCAAUGAUGAAGUUUCAAAUUUCAAUAUUUUAUUCAGAAUACAACAUCGGUGACAUAUCAAAUGUUUAAACUGUUUAAACUUAAAAUGUAUAAUUUUAAGGGGAAAAUAAAUUUCAUGACAUCACACUUCUCAAAAAAGUUGGGACAAGGCCAUGUUUACCACUGUGUUUCAUCCCCUCUUCUUUUUAUAACAGUCUGCAAUUGUCUGGGGACUGAGGAGACAAGUUGCUCAAGUUUAGGAAUAGGAAUGUUGUCCCAUUCUUGUCUAAUACAGGCUUCUAGUUGCUCACCUGUCUUAGGUCUUCUUUAUCGCAUCUUCCUCUUUAUGAUGCGGCAAAUGUUUUCUAUGGGAGAAAGAUCUGUUUUAUGUCGAAAUGUUUUAUUUCAGAACUAUAUCUUCUGUAUUUAUUUUAAAUUAUCCUAAUAAUUUGACUUUUUAUAUCAUAAUAUUGUUUACCAACGCAUUUUUUUUUUAUGUAGUGGAAAUGGGCUUUGAUAGAUAAUGGCACCAAAAUGAAUGCAUAUAGGAUUCGCCUGCAGUGUGAAACAGAAUGUGUUUUUUUGUUCUAUUGAGUUGCUUUUCAUUCUUUUCUUUUUUUUUUUUUUUCUGUGUAAAUGUGCACUAUAUACAUGUUUGACCAUUGCACUGCAUCUCAAUUAUUUAUUUUUGUUUAUGAGCACCACAUUUUAAAGGUAGGUUAAAUAAAUACAAAUUGAACCCUGCUUUCUUUCCCAUUCAUCAGUGUUGCGACUCUGCAGUUAUGAAUUAUUGUGCAGCAUCUCAAGUGCAAAAGCACGGUUUGUGUGAACAGCCCCAAGAAUCCAAAGAGCUAUUGAACACAUUCCUGUCAGGAUGUCAGACUAAGAAUACUAGAUGAAGUAGAGCUACAGUAGCACUUACCUUAUCAAACAUGACCUCACAAACCUGUAGGAAACUAAUAAAUGAGCAUUAAUUCUUGUAUUAUGAGAUGCCUGUUCAAAUACUUUGGCUGUUGUGCUUAAUGAUGUUCUAUAUGUGUUUAAUUAUUGGUUGAGCGCAUAAAUGAUUUCCUAGCCAGGUGUUUUCUAAAGUUGCCUUGUAUAGAUAUGGGGGCACAUUUAGCAAACACAGUUUACAUUGCUUUGGAAUGCUACUUAAUAUAUGUUUGACGUUUAAAAGCCUUGCAUAAUUGGAAGAGAGCUAACUAUGGUGUGAAAUGCUUUAGAAAUGUAGCUACUGUGCGUAUGUUCAAAACAACUCUUCUGUUUCUGGACUACCAUAGUUUGUCUUAACUGCUUUUGUCUGAAGCAGUAGUCUAUCAUUGUAAAGUCUACUGAAUAUCAUUUAUUGGAUAUCAUCUCUUGAAAUGACUGUUGUUUUUAAACUGCAAAUGCAGUUUUAUAGUAAGGAAACGAACAUGCGGAUUUCACAUGGACUGUUACCAUCUUGUUGUUUGUUUUUGUUUUGUUGUGUUUCCUAUGUGAAUCAUUUUUGUUGUAUUCUCAAUUGUUUGUGUGUUCUUUUUUUACACUUGUAUGAGGGGAAAAAAGGUAUUUUAUAUUGUUUGGAACAGCAAUAACUGAAAUGAAGUUCUAUGAACAGAAAGAUUUACAUAGGAUUUUAUACUGGUUUUUAAUCACUUUUCUUUCUUUUCUUUUUUAAGUUUAUUGGUGCUAUAAUUUUACUGCCUUCUGAACAUUUAUCGUGUAUUUUAGAUGGUACAAGUGCAAUGUUACCUGCAACCAAGGUGUUAUAAAUACAUGAGAAAAUCUGCAAAUUCUAUGUCCAUGAAAAUAAACUGAACUUUU